CCGUGUCACUCAGCCGUGACAGACGCCACACUGCUAGCUGUUUCGAAAAUGAAACUGGUGUCGAGUGGCUGUAAAGAAAACGAAAACAAGACGGUUGUCAGAUAAAAACCGCGGCGGAUUCACUCUUUUAACCUGGCACAGCGGAGGCACAACGGCACAAGGCUGGGAAUGUUGAGUAAACAGAGCUGGAUAGGACGUACUGUACUGCAAUGGAGUCUGUAGCAGCAGGCUCGACUUUUUGGUGAGAGAGAAGCUGAUGUCACUAUGGCGCACUUCGACACAGAGUACCAGCGCCUGGAGGCGUCCUACAGCGAUUCUCCCCCUGGGGAGGAGAACCUGCUGAUGCAUGUGCCUGAAGGAGCCAAAUCCCAAUGGCACCACAUAGAAAACCUGGACCUGUUUUUCCAGAGAGUCUAUAAUCUGCACCAGAAGAAUGGAUUCACCUGUAUGCUGCUGGGAGAGAUCUUUGAGCUUGUUCAGUUGCUGUUUGUGGUUGGCUUCACAGUGUUCUUAGCUAACUGUGUGGACUAUGACAUACUCUUUGCUAACAAGUUUGUAAAUCACACCGAUUCAUCUAAAGUCACCUUGCCUGAUGCCUUCCUCCCAGUGGAUGUCUGUAGUGCCCGUAUCCGAGACAAUUCAUUUGUGAUCUUCGUGCUGAUAAUCUCUGGGGUGUUUUGGCUACAUCGCCUGGUCAAAUUCAUCUACAACGUCUGCUGCUACUGGGAGAUCCGAUCCUUCUACAUCAACGCACUCAAGAUGACCAUGUCAGAACUCCCCUAUGCAACAUGGCAGGAGGUCCAGGCCAGGAUAGUGGAGAUCCAGAAGGAACACCAGAUCUGCAUCCAUAAAAAAGAACUGACAGAGCUUGACAUUUACCACCGCAUUCUCCGCUUUAAAAACUACAUGGUUGCCAUGGUGAACAAAUCACUCCUUCCUGUGCGAUUUCGACCUCCUGUACUCGGGGAGUGUGUGUUCUUCACGCGGGGUCUCAAAUACAAUUUUGAGCUCAUCUUCUUUUGGGGGCCAGGCUCUCUGUUUGAGAAUGAGUGGAGCCUGAAACAAGAAUACAAGAGAGGAGGUAACAGGCUUGAGCUGGCAGACAGGCUGGCCUCCCGCAUUCUGUGGAUUGGGAUUGCCAAUCUGCUGCUGUGUCCAGUCAUUCUGGUGUGGCAGAUUCUCUACGCCUUCUUUAGUUACACAGAAGUGAUCAAGCGAGAGCCUGGAUCUCUGGGAGCGAGAUGCUGGUCUCUCUAUGGUCGAUGUUACCUGCGUCACUUCAAUGAGUUGGACCAUGAGCUCAUGUCACGCCUCAGCAAAGGGUACAAGGCCGCAUCCAAGUAUAUGAACUGUUUCCUCUCACCACUGCUGACGGUGGUUGCCAAAAAUGUAGCGUUUUUUGCCGGGUCCCUUCUGGCUGUCCUCAUCGCCCUGACUAUCUAUGAUGAAGAUGUUCUUGCUGUGGAACAUGUUCUCUCAUCCAUCACACUGCUUGGAGUGUGUAUCACAGUCUGCAGAUCAUUUAUUCCUGAUAAGCACAUGGUGUUUUGUCCUGAGCAGCUGUUACGGGUUAUCCUGGCUCAUAUCCAUUACAUGCCUGACCACUGGCAGGGCAAUGCACAUAGAUAUGAGACCCGAGACCAGUUCUCCCAGCUCUUCCAGUACAAAGCAGUGUUUAUUCUAGAAGAGCUGAUAAGUCCAGUGGUGACUCCCAUCAUCCUCAUCUUCUGUCUGAGGAGGAAGUCUCUAGAGAUCAUUGAUUUCUUCAGGAACUUCACUGUGGAGGUGGUCGGGGUCGGAGACACUUGCUCCUUUGCCCAGAUGGACAUCAGACAGCAUGGACACCCUGCGUGGAUGUCAGAAGGGAAGACAGAGGCGUCUAUCUACCAACAAGCAGAGGAUGGGAAGACAGAGUUAUCUCUGAUGCACUUUGCCAUCACCAACCCUCAGUGGCAGCCUCCUCAGGAGACCACACACUUCAUCAGCCAGCUGAAAGAACGAGUUCACAGAGAGGCUACAGGGGCUUCAGACACACACCCACUCUCACUGUCUGAGUCUGAGCCAAGGAGCCUCAUUGCAAACCACUUGGGAGGUCCAUCUACCCUGAACUCCGUUCAUUUCGGGAGAGACAGCUCUUUGACCAAUAAUGCAGCAGCUGGUUUAAGCGAUGGGGCAUCUGCCUUACGCUCCCUUUCCCCAAUCAGCAGCAGUCUUCACCUGAGAGGCAGUUUGAGUGCAGCUCACAGGGCUGGCCAAACUUCAGCCAUGAGCAAAGCAAUGGCAAGCUCUGGGACGGAUGCCCGGACUGUGAGCUCAGGCAGCAGUGCAUGGGAGGGUCAACUCACCAGUCUGGUCCUGUCAGAGUAUGCCUCUACUGAGAUGAGCAUCCAUGCUCUCUACAUGCAUGAGCUACACAAGCAGCAGUCCCGUGGCGAGCUAUCCCGCCACACGUGGCACCGGCAGGAGAGUGACGAGAGCAGCGACAGCGUCCCCGAUGAAGUGAGAAGCGAACCCAACCCUCACUCCAGAAAUUUCCCUCGCUCACACACUUUCCCCACCACAGUUCCCAGUCCCAGUGCCAUUCCCACUUCAGCUUCAGCCACCAGCAGUACCAUGCUGGGCCAGGAGGGGGCAUCAUCACAAAGCAGCACCCAGCGACGCUAUAGUGGACCUGCCACAGACUCUUUUGGUGCAGGGGGGAAAGUAGUGAGGUCAGCCCGUGUGCCCAUGGGCGGGUGGGCAGAGGACGGCCAGGCAGCACCACGACACCAUGAGCCAGUACCAGAGGAGAGCUCAGAGGAUGAAAUGCCUCCUCACGUCCACAAGAUUACAUAACCAGGCCAUGUGAAUAAAUGUCAGCGUCCCACCCUCCGUAGACAAGCAAACACCCAUCCUCGUUCCUCGACUAAACCACAGAUGAAGACGGACAUGUGCAAGACUGGUGUACCAUGAUCCCUACAAACACUUAACUAGGGAAAUCAUCUGGACAGGUUAUGACUAAUGCUACCAUCAACCUUUGAAGAUGCUAUAUGACUUACUAUACAUGCCUAAACAGGCAGACAGGUUAUAUGUCUGAAUUUGUGUAUCAGAAGAGGACCUAGAAGAUCAAGUUAUUUCCACAAUAGCCAUUGAUACCAUCAGAAUACACUACAGUCUUUGAUCAUUUCAAAAGAUUACAUAAUGAAAGUGCAUGUGUGAUGUAAACCAAAAUUGUGAACACAUCACCGCUACUGGAGGCAUCCUUGGCACAUUGCCGCAGUAGAGAAAUACACAUAUACAUUUGCCCAAAUUGUGAUCACAAUAAUCUAAGUAAUGCUUCAUUGUUUCCCCUUCUACAAAUCAGAUGAGCAUGAGAAGUUAAAUUGUGUUUUGUCUCUCAGACAAUAAUAGCAUUCACCUAAAUGUGCUCAGAAGGAAGCUGGUAACACACUGACUUUCAUUGUGUGUAUCUGUUCUUGUGAUAGUAGGAGGCUGUGUGUCCUACCCUGCGCUCUGUAUUUCAGCUGGCAUUCUGCCUCUUUGCAACAAAUAUGAAGGCAAAUAGUAUAAAUUCACCGUUAACAUUAUAGCUUGACAUUUUUAAAAGCAUAUUUUACUCCUGAGGAUUUUGUUUUUUAUUUAUUUUUGCAUUUAUUGCAUUAGAAGGUUCUUUCCCAGGGUCUGGGAAUCUGUUUGCACAGAUGGCACAGAUAGUUGUUUAGAAAAUAUUUGUACAGCAUAGCCCGGUAUUCUGCACGCACACAUGUACUGUGUAAAUAAAUGUUAUCACAUUAUUUCACAGAAGUCAUUCAGAACAUUAAGGUAAUCAAAUUUACACAAUUAUAAGGACAACAUUUUCGGACGUGUAACCAGAGAUUUAACCCAGGUUUUUAUUGUCAUCAUUUUUUUUUUUUCAACAGACUUGCAAAAGGGUGCAACAAACAAACAAGCAUGUAAUAUUGACUCCGGUGCCAUACAAAAAGCCCUCAAGCACAAGUGCAUGACCAUCAUCCACACAUUCUUCUAAAGAGGUGUAACUCAUCCCACAAUAAGAAUAUUGUACAUGACCAUCCUCCACUUCUGCUUAAUCACAGCAUGACCUUUUCCUGUUCCCUGUCAUUAAGCCUCAGUUCUUUAAAAGAAUAAUGCACUUUAAGAAUUAGUUAACGCAGAGGGUAUCACUUGUUUGUAUGUGUAUGUUUUCAUAUAUAUAUAUUUUGUAAUUAUUUUAUUUAUCAAAAGGGACGUGCCAUGAUGAUUGACAGCUGUGAAUCAAGGUUGUGUUUGUAAACGUGGGUCGGGAUAAAGAAUCACUGUCACACUGCUAACCUAUGCUGAUUAUUAUAUGCUCAAGGAUGCAGGGAUUCAGUGCGGUAACGUUAGACUUAAAGUGAUUGUGUUGGGGAUGAGGGGGGUGGUUGUUGUUUGUUUUAUAGAUCCUGUAAAAUACCAUUUUGUACAGCUGUAAAUUCAUCCAUUAAAUACAAUUAAGGCAAUGA